AUCUAUACCUAGGCGUUAAGUAUAUCUAUUGGUUGUUCAACACAGUAUCGUGUGAUUUGAAAAUUGACCCUGUACAGAUAUACAGAAGAGGAAAAUGAGUGUUUUAUCAAAUUAUUAAUAAGCUAUCCGAUGCCCCAGAAAGUACAAAACACUACUUAGUUUCAGCUUAGUCCAACAGUUAUUUAGGCGUUUUAAAUUUAAAAAAUCUUUGUAUUCCAUGCACGGUCGGUGAUUCACAGUAUUGACACACACAAGUUUUUAAUCUAAAACCAUGGAAGUUAAAGCGUGGGUAAUACUUACUUUAACGGCAUUAUCUAUACAUGGGUCUUGCGGGCAGGAGCCAACUGAAACAAUUGAAACAACGGAAAAUGUCGAAGAAACUGUAACAAGCACAACUAUGGUAACGACUUCUAAAGAAGUAGAUAUUGCAAGUACCAUAAACGAAUUUGGAUAUAAAUUAUUGGUAAGAAUUAUGCAACAAAGAACAAACGACAAUGUUGUGAUCUCACCAAGUGGCGUAGUAGGUCUCAUAGCUAUGGCAUUACUCGGAAGUGUCGGGAAAACUUAUAAUGAAAUCGCUGAGACCCUCGGUUUUUCCCAAGAUAUUCUUAAAAACCGCAGAAACCACGAACAGUUUGGAGCAUUACUGCAGGCAUUGAACACAAACGUGUCGUCAAAAACUUUGUAUGCCGAUGCCAUGUUUGUGGACGAGCACACGCCGUUACGCGAAAUAUACCGCAAAUACCUGAACGAUGUGUACCGCGGUGAUGUACUCAACACAGAUUUCAAACAAAGCGAAGAAGCGAGAUUGUUUAUUAAUGAGUGGGUCAGGAACCAUACAGAAGGAAACAUAGAAAAGUUUUUAGUACAUCCUCUGCCUACUUCGACUAAGGUCGUUUUACUAAGCGCACUUUAUUUUAAAGGACAGUGGGAACAACCAUUUGUGCCAGAAUACACCAUGAAGAUCCCAUUCAAUACAACAAAAAAUGAAGUCAUGGCUGACCUUAUGUUAAAUUUUGGACAUUUCCGUUAUUCCUUUUCUAGGAAACAUAGUUUGCAUAUUCUAGCAUUGCCAUAUAAUGACAGUGAAACAACUAUGUACGCUUUGAAGCCAAGAUUUCCUAAACGAUUAAGUAUUUUGGAACUUAUGGAGUCGUUAGACUAUAAAGAGAUUGACGAAAUAAUUAGUGGCAUGUCAAAGAAGAAAUGCGUCAUACGGUUUCCUAAAAUGGCAAUGCGAAAUUCUAUAAAGUUGGAGGAUACAUUAAAAGCCAUGGGGAUGCGCACUAUGUUCACACCUGGAUUAGCGAAUUUCGCACUUAUGGUCAAUAGUAAUUUGGUUGCAAAUAGGACUGAAGAGGAAAUAAUAACUGAUAUUGACCAAGGUCGAAUCCAAACUAAAGGAGUAUCAGACAUGAUAAACGGUCUUCCUAACCCAGGUCUACACAUAGAUUCCAUAGUUCAUGAUGUAAAGAUGACAAUAGAUGAAUACGGAACUGAAGCUGUAGCAGCAACAAGUGCAAUAUUAGCUAGAUCAGCUGAGCAAUUCUAUGCAGAUUCGCCAUUUUAUAUGUUUAUCAGGAAUGAAAGGACUAAAUUGGUGACCUUUAGUGCUGUUAUAUUUGAUCCAACAGUAACAAUAGCAUAAACUUAUUUAAUAAGGUUAAUGUAAGACUUUGGAUUGCACAACAGUGGCUACAAAAUGUCCAAUAUGUUUUUCUGCUUAGAAACUAAGUAAAUUAACAAAGAACAAUGAACCUUACCACUUAGCAAUAAGGUUGCUGCCACUGAUGUACAUUCAACUGUACAAACUAGUGAAUAACAUUAUUUUAACUGUUUCUUUCAAAAUACUAAGUAUUGAUUUAAUAAUAACAAUUUUACACCAAAUGCCACUCAAAUUGAAUUCUAUUAAUGCAACAAUAUAAGCUUUAAUAUACUGACUUUGUAUGAUAGACAGGUUGUAUAAGAUUUUUAAAGUAUAUAUAACAUUUUGUUAAUGUUUUCUUAUCAUUAAACUAUAUUACUAUUUUA